GGCCCGUGGUAGGUUCUGAUGAUACCCAACAUCUUUACGUCUAUGUAAUGGUGAAACGAGAGAGGGAACCGCCGUUGGACGAAAACGACAACGAUGUUGACGACUUUUUACUUUCAGAAGAAUCUGAUAGCGAAGAAGAAUAUGUGAGCAAAACCGAAAGGAAGCGUCUAGAACGAGCAGAAAAUGCUAUAGGUCUAUCUCACUCGCACGACCCUAGACUGGAGGUGAAUGAAAGCGUGACUUUGUCAGAGGAUGAAGGAAGCAGUGCUGACGAGACAGAGUCGAAACUUAUUCAAGAAGCCUUAGAGUCGAAAGGAGCGAAUUUUUUUCGGAUUGCUGAUGACGUUCACGAGUAUCACUCACGUGGUUUUAUCUCGCAACGAGUUCGCUGCAGUAGAUUGAGCCCAACGUGUAUGGCCUUAUCAAGUGAUGAAAGAGUUGCUGUUGUAGGUUCAAAGGACCAGUCGGUCAAUGUUUUCGAUGUGGAGAAGAACAAAAGAGUGCACAGUUUCUUAGGUAUUCGGUCUGGUGAUAGUCCGGACGUUUCGAAAGGACACCAUGGUCACGUGCUUUGUUGCUGCAUAGGAGAGGAUGGAAGGUUAGCUUUUUCCGGUGGUGCAGACAAAUAUAUCAAAGUUUGGGAUCUUCGAAGCAAGAGACACUUGGUAACUUCUAUGAAAGGCCAUCGGAAUGCGGUUACUGGAGUUGUAUAUGCUCCAAACUCUUCAGAUUUGUAUUCUUGUUCUGCGGAUAGGAGUGUGAAAGUUUGGAGUCUAUCCAAUUUUCUCUAUGUGGACACUUUAUUCGGUCAUGAGGCAUCAGUAGCCGGUAUCAGUUCCGUAGCUUCUGGGUUGGCACUAACUGGUGGUAGUGAUCGUACUCUUCGGCUUUGGAAAGUAAACGAAGAUUCACAGCUUAUAUUUAGAGGUCAUAAUGCAUCCAUUGACUGUGUAACUUUUGUAACCAGUAGUCAUUUUAUUUCUGGCUCAGAAGAUGGUUCUCUUGCUUUGUGGAGUCGUUUGAAAAGGAAACCGGUUUUAUACAUUCAUGACGCUCAUGAUGAGAACAGAAGAAAGCGAGAUGUACAUCCCAAUCCAAUUUCUUCCUCACCUUUAUGGGUUUCAUCUGUUGCUUCCAUUGUUCGUAGUGAUUUGGUGGCUUCAGGUUCGGCUGAUGGACGUAUUAUGCUUUGGAAGUGUACGGAAAACUUGCUGGAAUUUGUAAAUUAUAUAGAUGCACCUGGAUAUGUGAAUGGUUUGCAGUUUGGUUCUUCGAAGAGAGUAUUGGCUUCCGUACAAGGUCAAGAACAUCGAUUGGGUCGUUGGCAUCGGUUGACGGGAGCUAAAAACGUAUUCACCAUAACUCGCUUACCAUACGAAUAGAAUUUUUUCAGCUAUUAUUACUACUCAUUGUUGUGAUGGAUAGGAAAUAAGUUUUCGAG